CCGCCUGACCUUGCAUGUGACACAGCAGCACGCCACCGCCGCAGCAGCUGCCCGUCGUGCCUGGACACGAUAUCCCAGCUACGCUACACUCAAUUUCAUUGCAUUUCUCUCUCCAGGGUGUAUCAAGAACAUGUCAGAGAUGCAGAAAGUUCUGCUGUUUGGACUAUCAGGGAACCCCCCGACAGGUCGAGAUGGGCACGGCGGCAUGAUCGAGUACUUCGUCAAUCUAGAACGGUUCAGCGAGAUCUGGAUCCUCCCGGUGUACCAGCACAUGUUCUCGGCCAAGAGAGAAGCAAUGGCGAAGACGGGCGCUCCUACGUACGAGGACAGAAUAGAGAUGUGCAGGCUCGCCUUCGAAUGCUACUCCACCGCGAGCUGCAGGGUGCGCGUUUUAAGAACGGAGCAGGAGGUUUUCGCGGAGAUGCUCAACUCUCGAGGGACAGGGCCAGCGCGGUCAAGCACCUACGACGUGGUGGUCUACCUGAAGAAGCAACACCCCGACGUUGAGUUCUCGUUGCUGCUCGGGACGGACACGUACCAAGACCUCCACAAGAAGAAGUGGCGCAAGUCCGAGGAGCUGAUGAACAUGGUGUCCUUGGUCAUCGUCGAUAGAAUGGGAGUGCGGCCCGAGACGGAGAAUCUUCUCUCUGGAGUGGAGUUGCACCACCCGCCCUUACUCACGGAUGUCUCCUCGACCAAAAUUCGGGACGCAAGAGCGGAAGAUCUCCUGGAGGGCACGCUGGCGGUAGAGACCUCGGUCCUGCGGUACAUGAAGGACCACCGCCUCUACGGCUUCGGCCGGCAGUCGCCGCUGGAGAAGGUGCUCAUGGCGGCGUCAGAACGGUUCUCGUUGGUCUUCUCGGAGGAGCGGCGGUGGAUGGUCAUCGCGGGCACGGCAGCUGUCGUGAUGACCGUCGGAAUGAUGCGUGCUGUCGGCCGAUAUCGGGACGCCGGCGUUCGAGAGGGAAGAGCCCGCUCGGUUCCCUAAGAGGGAACAUGCUCGGUCCGAAAGAUAACCAUUUGCCGACUCGGCGUAAGAAAAAGGGUUGUGGAUUGUAUUUUGGGUAUCGUUCGCUUCGGUGCAUUAAUAUUUUCGUUGUUGAUGGGAAGAGUAUCUAACCUGCGCCUGGCACGACCAGCUUUCGUUUUCCUUCGGUUUUGGUCCUCCCGUCCGCGUGCGUGGUUCUGCAUUACCACGGUGUAGUGUUUAUUUCGGUGGUGUGGGUUGUGUGAUGGAUUGUGGAUGGAUGUUGGAGAUAUCUUCGGAGAUUGUUCUUGUUCACAUCAAUACAUAGCAGAGCAUUACAAGGGGGGCUAUUCCCCGGAGGAUGUAGUCUGGAAAUAGGGCCUUCAAUGGCUUGUGUUGGGUUUUAGGGGCUACGGUACAUAUCCCCUAGACGAAAGCAUGCUGAGACUAGGCUAGUCAGUCAAACGGCGGUGCGAGAGCGCUACUUAACCGCACAUUGGCAAGGGCUAACCGUUACCAAUCUAACCUGGGUAGAAUUGUUAUCCGGAUUGUGUGUGUGCUUUUGUCCUGUGUGUUGUGGGCGCCUGUCCGCACCUUUCGGUCCACGUUUAUCGCAACACCCUGAGUCACACAUGGGGAAGGUGUACACAGGAGGUUUUCUGCUUUCCCAUUUCUUCUUACCGUGCUCACCUUAUAAUUUAGCGCGAGAAGGGUUCGG